GUGUUUGCCGAGGCCUCGUGGCAGUCGGAAAGUAUUUUCUAAGUAUAUACCCGGACCAUGCAAUUCGUACGCAUUAGAUGUAUGAUAUUUUGUAAAUAUAUUUUAUUUUUAACUUCUUGAGUUUCGAUAGUAUUUUUUUAUCAAUAUUCUUCGAAUGCUUUAAGUCGCUGCAUAGAAGAUUCCAUUCGUUGUUGAAGUUGAAUAUAGUGACGGACCACACAAACCUGAAACAUCAUUAUUACAUACAUAUCGACAACGGUACUGGCUUGCAUGCAACGCGACUCUAUGACUACUGUACAAGCUACUUCGAUAACAGGUUGGAAACCAUCUACAGUAGAUGUGGUUGCUAGCUGUAGGUUAACGAGUAGCAUUACCGCCUCCACAGAUGCAAUCAGCAGACAUGCGGCAGUGUCAGUGGACGCGAAUCCGUCGACAUCGCCAGAACGACCGACGACUGCCGCCACCUCCACCUCUGUGGUCGGUGACACUCAGCAGCAACAAUGCGCCUCGGCGGUAACCGUAAACGAUCACCACCCGUGCGAUCCGCAACAGUCGGUGUCGGCCACCGCUGCGGUUGCAGACAGCCCGUCAGAUUCGCAAGCGGUAACUUGCAACAAGACCGAAUCUGUGGCGGCGGCGGCGACAUCUUCCCCGCGACCGAUAUGUCCCAACUUGCCCUACUCGCCCGCGUGUUCGCCGCGGUUCGCCAGACGUCGGCCGCCGUUGCGCGAGUGCCGCGUGUCCGUCAACGUGCAAAGCUUGGACGAUCCGAAUGUUCAUCAAAAGCUCAAUCAGUACAAACUGAUCGACUCCAUCGGACAGGGAUCCUAUGGGCUUGUCAAAUUGGCGUAUAACGAAUUAGAUGACAAAAAUUACGCUAUGAAAAUAUUAUCUAAGAAAAAGUUAAUGAAAAAGGCUGGCUGCUUUGGCAGACUGAACGCCAGACGUAAAGGGGCCAAUCCUUUAGACAAAGUAUACAGGGAAAUAGCUUUGUUGAAAAAACUUGAUCAUCCUAAUGUAGUGAAACUAGUUGAAGUUUUAGAGGAUCCAGAUGAGGAUCAUCUUUAUUUGGUGUUUGAAUUAUUGGAGCGUGGGGAAGUGAUGCAAGUUCCUGGUGAUCCUCCGAUGUCUGAAUCAAAAGCCAGGUCAUACUUCAGGGAUAUUUUAUUGGGCCUAGAAUAUUUACACUUUCAGCGGAUCGUACACAGGGACAUCAAACCGUCGAACUUAUUGAUCGACGCCAGCGGGCACGUGAAAAUCGCGGACCUGGGCGUGUGCAACGAGUUUGACGGAAGCGACGACCUGUUGAGUUCGAGCGCGGGUACACCGGCAUUUGCGGCUCCUGAAGUGCUGGACCCGUCGACGAAAACGUACAGCGGUCGAGCGCUGGACGUGUGGGCACUAGGGUGCACGUUGUAUGCGUUUGUCUACGGCCGGCUGCCGUACACCGCGGACACAGUGCUGGCGGUGCACGAGCAGAUCCGCACGCAACCGGUGCAGUGGCCAGUAGAACCAGAAACAUCCCCACAAUUAGUGCACCUGUUACACCGCCUCCUUGACAAGGACCCGGAAACCAGGAUCACGUUGCCGGCCGUCAAACGGCACGACUGGGUGACUAGGGCGGGGGCCGAGGCGCUACCCACCGAGCGAGACAACUAUUGCCGGGAGCCGGUCGAAGUCAGCGAGGAGGAAAUGAUGAAUGUCGUAAAGUCCAUACCUAAGCUCAACACAUUGAUAUUGAUCAAAGCAAUGCUGAAGAAUCACUCGUUCCUCAAUCCGUUUGCAGCAGACGAAUCAAAACGAAAACUUCAGUCAUCCAACCGUUCGCAUUCCGCACCCGGAGCGUGCUCUUGGUUUGGGUCAAGAUCUUUAUCCGCGGAAACAACCAAUCUUAAGCCUGUCAAAGAACAUGCCGUGAAAGAAAAGUGAUUACUUACUACGUUAUUCUUUUUACCUAAAUUAUUUAAUAUUAAAAGUUUGACAAGAAAAAAAAAUACUGUUAUACUUAUAUUUAUGUUCUAUAUUGUAAUAUGCUCUUUGCAAAUAAUCUAUACUGUGGUAAGACGUUUGAUCAAUCAUUUCAAUUUUUAACAGUGUAUUCAAGUGUGAUUUACUCAUUUUAUAUAAUACAAAUUUAACUAUUAGUCUAUUACUAUUUACUAUGUCCAAAAAUUAUAUAUAAUAAUAUGCUCUUAUUAUUUUUGUAUUGGUUUUGUUUAUAAAUUUUGAUAUACAUUUUAAUAUUGUCCAUACAUGUA